AUGUCAACAAUUGCAGGCCCUCCCGAUUCUGGCCCAGACCAUGCAGCAUCGCACCCCCCCGCCGAUCAGGUGAAUCCAGCACAACAUCCCCCAUCAGAUAACGGCCAGUCCUCGUCUUUUAACACUGCUGAGAACAACCCACAAUUGCCGCUGGAGAGCCCAAAGAAGAAGCGCUCCUUGCUCCUGGUUCCGUCGCGAACCUCGUCGAGGGGAAGCAAGAAUCAAUCAUCCGAGAUGACCACCGAAACCGCCCAGGACGAAUCCACCACCAUCACAAAUUCCCAGACAAACCUAACCAAAAGACGAAGGGAUCGCAGUAAGGCAAGCAGUAAACGGUCGCAGCGAAACAAUCAAGAAGACAACUCGCAUGCCAAGGGGGAAAAUGAUGAUGACCGCUACCUUAGAUCGGAAAGAAAGCCCAAGUCAUCUUCCAGGUUUCUGGCCAUCUUGAAUUGCUGUAGCACAUCCGCACCGGAUAAUGAGGAUCCCGAUAUCCCAGCAAAGAGAGCCGAAGCCAAGCAGCCUGCUUCGCUGCGGCAGGCCGCCAAUAAUAAGGCCGAUACAAGUGCCGCAGAAUCAAGCACCGCCGAGUCAAAAGAUCAUCAGGUUCUCAAUGAAAAAACCGGUGAAUUCAUCAGUCCCCAAGCUCAGGGAGAUGGCGUCGUUCAUCAACCAUCCGUCAUGCAAGAUGUUUCCCAUCUACCGGUCACAGCAUCUCGCAGUGAGCCGGCGACUAAGCCAACUACGGCUGUAGCAUCAAUCAGCAAGAAAGAUGGAAGCAAUGAUGAGAUUGAAGAAGACUUGAUUGACCGAAAUGCUCUUGAGAAUUCCCGAGAGGAUCAUGAUGUUGCUAUGCUAGAUGCUCCUAUAGUUCAAAGUAUAGAGGAGGAGAAUAAGGUAACGGCACAAGAUAUAGCUCCUCCACCACCCCAACCACCACCAGAUGUUCACUUACCGGGACCGCCUGCCACGACGGGGAAACAGAACGUAUGGCUACUUCCUCCACCACAGCCUCAUUUACAUGGUCGAAAAUGUCUGAUACUGGACUUGGACGAAACACUUGUUCACAGCAGCUUCAAGGUCCUUGAGCGAGCUGACUUCACCAUUCCCGUCGAGAUAGAAGGACAAUGGCACAACAUCUAUGUGAUAAAGCGACCAGGUGUCGAUCAAUUCAUGAAACGAGUCGGGGAAUUGUAUGAAGUGGUCGUUUUCACGGCAUCAGUUUCCAAGUACGGCGACCCAUUACUUGAUCAACUCGACAUCCACAACGUUGUUCACCACCGUCUAUUCCGAGACAGUUGCUACAAUCACCAAGGAAAUUAUGUCAAAGACUUAUCACAAGUUGGUCGUGACCUCCGGGAGACCAUCAUCAUCGACAAUUCACCCACAUCGUAUAUAUUCCAUCCGCAGCACGCCAUCCCCAUCAGCAGCUGGUUUUCAGACGCUCAUGACAACGAAUUACUCGACUUGAUCCCAGUUCUCGAAGACCUUGCAGGUGCCCAGGUCCAAGACGUGAGCUUAGUGCUUGAUGUUGCGCUGUGA